AGUGCUUCAGUGGAAGCGUAUUCGUUAUCAUAUAUGUAUACAUAUGUGUGUAUGUAUGUCAUUGCUUUAAUUCCCUGAGUGUUCUGGCUUCCGACCCUACGUUAUUCGGUAACCAUACUGUUCAUUGAUCAUUGAAUUGUAUUUGCUGCUAGUAGCCAACGUGCCGUUAUCCCACUGUAUUCAUUUAUAUCUUUCUAUCUAUAUAUAUGAUAUAUGAGCUGCUGUAUACACCAAGUAAUCCAGGAGCGCCGUAUUGAAUCGGUCGUUGCUUUAUCAGACGUGUUUCUAGUAUUGAACAUUGGCUCCUGUGAAAAAGGUGAGCAGAGCUUGCAUCAGCUCAAUUCUUCUUUUGUCUCCUGUUAAUAGAGCUGUUUGGGAGAGGGUCUAGUAUCCGAAGCGGUAGCGUAACGCACUAAUGUUGUCAUGUUAGCUAUCACGGUGCGACAUACCGAUAUGAACACACUGCCGGUAACCGCGUCCAGUUGAGGAUUUUGUUUUGCCAAAAGCGUUUCUCGACGUUCUUCAAGUUCGAAAACAGAGAAUUAAGUUGUUAUUAAGUAGUUAGUGUCUUCUAUCAAUUUAACGCAUGUUGUUGUUAGAUUACAACAAUAUCGAGACAGAGGUUGUUCUAAUUAGCUAAAAACUGCUUCUAGACGUAGGUUUGUUGAACGACUAUAAUAAUUUUGGUGCAGCUCUUCUGUAAAGAAGAAAAGCUCUAUUCUAAGCGGCUUUGGACUCGAGGCUGUCAUAAACCUAUUUUAAUUUUUACUGUCAAAACGACAGGAUCCGUCCGAUAAUACUGCAAUGGCUUUCCUAGUAAUUGACUACCAAAAACUUCGUCUAAGGAUGAGAGAAAAGUGUCAUUCCUGCGGUGAAAAUGCCGUUAUCUACAAUGAGGAGCAACGCUGCGAGAUCUGCUGUUACUGCGGCGUCGUUGGAGAGGUGUCGCUGGUAUCGGGGUCAGCGGCAGCGCUUGACACCGAUAUGCGGACGUUUUGUAACGAAAACACAGUCACGAAGUUUCGGAUGGGUAGACGUGGUAUACGUCAGGGUGUCUGCACAACAUCUAAUUCAUUGUCGUCGAUGGGCAAGACGGGCCUUAUCGGUCGGGAACAAUUGUUGCACAUGCUUUCGACAUUUGAGGUUCCUAUGGCAGCCAGCGAAGAAGCCCUGACCCUUUAUGGGGAGUGUUGUCGUAAGCGAUUUCCGCAGCGUGAAGCUAAGGCCUUGGCCGGUGGAGUGCUGAUGUAUAUUCUCCGUCGCGAAAAGCGCAGCCUAACAUUUCGCGAAAUCGCCGACGCUUGUGGUUCGACCGUGAAGGAAGUCGGCAAACAGUUCAAGAUUGUCAGCGAGAAGAUCAUUCAGAGGGGUGGGGAUGUCCCAGUUCAGCCAUCGCUUGGCGAUACAAUUCAGCAGUCGAUAGAGGUUUUCACUAAUAAGUUUUCGGGACAGUCCUUGAGAAAUGAGUAUCGCAUACCGGAAGUGAUUAGCAAAGCCCUUGAGCUUUCAGACUGGAUCGACCGGUGUACCAUGAUGCAGAGGUGUCCCCCUCAUCUAUUUGCAUUGUCCGUAUUUUUCCUGGCUUUCAAAGCGGUCAAUGUCGAGCGCUUCUUCAGGAUGACCUUAGCCGAUUUCAAUACAACCCACGGCUUUUAUCCAAUGUCGAACCUUAAAAUUCCUUCAUUUUAUAAAAUUUCCCCAAAUGCAAUCAUACAAACUGUAUGCGAGGUGGUCAAUACACGAGGAGGCUAUUCAAUGCUAAUAACUCAGGCUAGUUUCUUCUUCCUUCUCGAUCUGGUCCUCAAAUUAAAGGCAUUUUUUGCAUAUAAGGUAACCGACCGAAUGACAAGUGUCGAAGGCGAUGUUGCCUUUGAAAAUUUUAAGGAAGUCAAAGAAGCUCAGGAGAUGCUGGAAUCAUCGCUGCAGGAAGACGAGCACGAUGAUGGCAGCCUUUCGAUGGUUAUCCCUGAAAGCGAGCUAAGCCAGUACAUUCUCACGCAAAAGGAGCAAUCCCUUAAACAGGAAGUAAUACUUCGGGAGCAGCUGCGCCGUUGCAAAGAGGGUAGCAAGCAAAAGGCAGACAACGGAAAACAGGAUGAGCAAUUAAUGACAGUAAUUGAGAAAAAGCCAGUAGCCGAAGAAGCAGAGCUGUCAGUAGUAAAAGAAUUGGCGCAGCUAAGAACAGAGCAGACACCGAUGUCGACUAAAUCUACAAAAGCAAUGAAACGGUCCCGCCCUGAUGACAGCCAUUCGUGCAAAAUCGAACUCAAACAAAACCAACUUCCAUUAGACCAGCGUCGUCGACUUGUAUGCGACGAACUCGACGAAGAGGAACGAGAUCCUCAGGACGCUACUACUAUGUUAGCUCUUUUCAGAAGCGAAGAAUUCGGCGAUAUUAAUGACGAGUAGCAUCUUUUUUCCUAAAAAAGCGGCCAAGCCGUGAUUAAUUCUGUAUUGGAGACACUCGAGUAGAAAGCUAAAAGUGGAUUUCUGGACAGAUUUUAUAUUAAAGAUAGCUUAUCUGCAACUAAUAAGGUAAUGACAACGGAAACUAACUAGUAGAAAUAGGCAUGGUGGUAAAAAAAUGGAAGCAAUGCGCCUCGGCGAAAUUUCGUAUGAACGCAUUUCGUGUAUAAACCGUGCCGUUGGUGUAUGAAUCCUGACGAGUAGCAGGGACGCAUAUGCAGUAUUCCUACAUAGUAUAUAAUCUUCUAGCAAUCGUGCUAUUUAAUCUCCUUAGAAUCAAACUGUAUGUGUGUAUUGAACAUACGUGGUAACUUAAUGAUAGCAAGGUCCUGCUGACGGUUCUGUGGAAGGAUUGAGCGCACCAGUCAGUAGAUGUAAAUACUCAAUGAUUAUAGAACGCCUAUUGUUAUAAUUAACAAAUAUUAUAAUAUUUGCAAAUGUAUCUACACAUCGCAAAGUAGAUUUUUCUGUGAAACCCUGUUUCCAUACAUGUAAGCUCAGUUAUUGUACCUGAUUGCAGCGCAUGCGAUUUUCCACGUCAGAUAUGAUGAAUAAUGCAUAGUAAUUUUUAUGUAGGACAAUUAGAACUGGAUACGCUACAUAGUUUAUUUGAAAACAGUCGAAAUCGAUGCUUUCUCUUUUCAGGACGCUGCCAGCUUACGCGAAAAAAUCUGGGUUGAUACACCUAUUGAAAAUAUCAUACCCUUCAAAAUAAGCUAUAUUAAACGAUAACUGUAACAAUAACAAUAAUCUAGAAUGCAUUUUGUUAAUUGACGCUUUGGUGAACUAGAAGUAAUGAGAAU